AUGGAAUAUACUUGCAAGGAUUUUAAAGUGGGCAAAUGUGAAGGAGAAAAAAUUGUUGAUGGUGAAACUAUGCCAUUAAUAAAGGAAUUUCCAAAGAAAGUGAUAUUGUACUGUGAAAUACCACCACCAGAAGGAGGAGAAACACCCUUUGUUCCAAGCUUCAGAGUAACAGAAAGAAUGAUAGAGGAAUUCCCAGAAAUUGUUGAAGAAAUUGAAAAAAAAGGACUUAAAUACACAUUUAGUGCUCCAAGUAAGAAUGACCAAGGUUCAAUGAGAGGUAGAGGAUGGGAGGAUGCUUUUGGUACUUCUGAUCCUAUUGAAGCUGAAAGGAGGGCAAAAGCACUUGGAAUGGAAAUGGAAUGGCUACCAAAUGGUGGUGUAAAGACAAUCUUAGGACCAAGGGAUUUAACAAAGGUGUUUGAUGGAAGAAAAGGAAGAAGAAUGUGGUUCAACACAUUGGUUGGAAUGUAUGGCAAAGACAUAAGCUCAGCCAUGAUGUUUGAUGGAACAGAAAUACCACAACACAUAGUAAAAAGAUGUGAAGAAAUAAUUGAAGAAGAAAGCAUACAAUUCAAAUGGCAAAAGGGUGAUGUUCUUUUCCUUGAUAACUUGGCUACACUUCAUGGUAGAAGGCCUUCUCUUCCACCUAGGAAGGUACUUGUUGCUACUUGCAAGUAA